UGACAUUAGCUUCCGGGGUGUCGGUCAGGAAGCUGCUCGCUGCCGGACUUCGCGGAGCCGCUUCGGGGAGCAACAGACACCUCAGUCGGGCUGCGGCUGCCAUGGCGGAGGAGGCGAAGAAGCUGGCUGCGUACGCCGCGGUGGAAAACCACGUCCAGAACAACCAGGUCGUUGGUGUUGGCAGUGGCUCCACCAUCGUGUACGCUGUGGACAGGUUAGCGGAGCGAGUGCGUCAAGAGAAACUCAACAUCGUGUGCGUGCCCACCUCCUUCCAGGCCCGUCAGCUGAUCCUGCAGCACGGCCUCACCCUGUCCGACCUGGACCGGCACCCGGAGCUGGACGUGGCCAUCGACGGGGCGGACGAGGUGGACGCAGAUCUGACGCUGAUCAAAGGCGGAGGCGGCUGUCUGACUCAGGAGAAGAUCGUGGCAGGCUGUGCCAAACACUUCGUGGUCAUCGCAGACUUCAGGAAGGACUCCACGUCUCUGGGCCAGCAGUGGAAGAAGGGCGUCCCCAUCGAGGUCAUCCCCAUGGCGUACGUCCCCGUCUCCAGGGCCGUCGCCAGGCGCUUCGGGGGCGAGGCCAACCUGCGCAUGGCCGUCAGCAAAGCGGGUCCGGUGGUCACCGACAACUGUAACUUCAUCCUGGACUGGAAGUUUGAGCGAGCUCAGAACUGGAAGGAGGUCAACACGGCCAUCAAGAUGAUUCCAGGUGUGGUGGAGACGGGUCUCUUUGUGAACAUGGCUGAGCGGGCGUACUUUGGGAUGGAGGAUGGGAGUGUGCAGGUCCGAGAUCCUCCGGUGAACUGAUGACACUAUCACUUCCUCCACCUCCACCUCCACCUCCACCUCCUCCUCCCCCCACAAGUGCCGCAUUAGUGAUUUCCAGCCGGAGUCGGACCGAAGAAGACCAGAGAAAAGCAGAAAGCCUCUCCCAUCCCGAACCCCCUGGUUUGGCUCCCCGCCCCGCAGACGGUGCUCCUGGUUCUGAGUUUUAAAGUGCCUGAUGGGUCGAGUCGAUGUCGCGCCGGCCUUCUCCUCUGUCCGUCGUCCCGGAGCGAAGGCGUGCCUUGUGUUGGAAACAUAACAGCCAUUUAUAAUGAAGCCCCGAGCCAGACCCGCUGUGGUCGGCCGAUUAGAGAGAGACGAUACACACACACACACACACACACACACUCUGCAUGCUCGUCAUUUCGUUCACACCUCAGCUGUUACUGUACAGUGUCAUGAAGCACAGCGGUGUGUGUUCCUGUUGUCCUGGUGCGGCUCCAUCAGCUGAUCCGCUUCACGGCUCAGUCAGACCAAAGCCUCUGUCUGAAGUCCUGGACUCUGCCGCCGUGAGCGUGGCCGUGCGCGCCCCUCUGUUCGUCCUGCAUGACGUUUAUUCCACUGCAGCCGUCAUUUAUUUCACUGUGAGCCGGUCCGGAGCAGGACGGGCGGCGUUCAGCUGGAGCUCCGCCCUGCGAGGAGAACGGAGGAAGCCGUGCCUUGAUUGACUGUGGAAGCAGCAGCGGAGCUGAUCAGGUCGUGGUUAAAUGAUCCUGGAUCUCUUCUUCCUCCUGCUGAACCGCAGCAUGUGUCCUCAUUAGGGAAGCCGGUUCGAAUCCCAGCAGCAUGAACAUCUGGACUUCAGACCAGCAGCCUACAGUGAAAACUGGAUUUCUUUACUGUUACUUGAACCUACAUAAAGCUACACUUUAUUUGGUACGUUUGUGUUUUUUUUUUUUUGUUUUUUUUUUUCCUGUGAAACCAUCAUGGCUGGGAAUGUAAUCCAUUAAGGAAAAGCAGCUCGUUGGCGUUUUUAUCUGCCAGCCGCAGUGAGACGAGGGCAUUCAGUCUCAUCUAUCAAUAAAGCUCCUGGCCUCGAGACAAAGACACACAAACACACACCAGCGUUCCCCAUUCCUCUCUCCACCAGGCGACUGUGAUCAUGACUUGUUUUCUUUGUUUUUCUGUGUAAACAAUACAGGACCAACAUGACGACGA